GCAUUCGGGGUCCGUGGCAUCCGCAGUGAGGACGCGUCGCCGGCGCCGUUCAGUGUCAAAGUCAGUUGUGCCUGAGCUUGUGCCAGAGACAGUCAGUUUCGCUGCGAGUCUGCCAUCCAGCUGGUUUCCGCUUCCGGUUCCGUGCGAGUUCUUUGGCUAGUAAAUUGUGGUUGUGCACCUUUUUCUAAUGACUUUUGUAAACACCAAAGUUUUUUGAACAAAAAAAAUUACCGAGGCACAACGUAUUUUUGUAAACAUUUAAUGCGAAAAAGGUUUCAGCUCGCGAAAGUCAAAGUGCAAAUUGGCCCAGAAACAACAAGUAUCGUUUAUAAACUAGUUUCCAGUUCGGAUGUGUGUGUGUGUACUAUAGUGUGUGUGUGUGCAAUUGAUUAAACAACACAAGGGUAACCUAGGCCAACUGGAAGCGUAGAGACUCCAUCAAAAGCCGCGGACUAAAUUGCCAAAUCCUCGAUCCAAUAAGAUGGGCUGCAACACCAGCCAGGAGCUAAAGACGAAGGAUGGCGCAGCCAUGGAUGCGGUCAGCAACGGCGAACCGGAGCCCAGUGCUCCUCCCUUGGAGGGCGAGUCAUCCAAGUCAUCCGCUAGCAAUCAUACGAAUCACGCCAAAUCCAGUUCAAUUAUCUCCAACGGCGAGGCGAAGGCGGCCAACGGGGGCGGCGCAGUUGGCGGGGGGAGUGGCAAGUCGGAAGCAACAAAUGGCAUUGAUCGUCCCUGCGACAAGGCGGCAAUCACGGAGUUCAAUGACGACGAGGACGAAGAACCGGAGGUGGAGAUACUGAUACCACAUCACCAUCAUCAUCAUGGCAGCAAAAAAUUCCAUCGAAAUCCCUUGAAAAAUUUGGAUCUCGAUUUUAAAUUCGAUGUCAAUUCGUUUUAGCCAACAGCAAAUAACUCGACUGGUAACUAUUGGCAUUUAAUACUUUACCAAAAACAGCAACACAUUCACAACACAAACAGCAAAAGCCGCAACAAAAAUCCAAGCCGUCUUUCGAGGCCACAAAGUGAGAGAAACCAUGAAAAAAUCGGAAACCAAAACUGCGACCAACAACGGCAGUGCCGCCGGAGCAGCUCCAUCGGCAGCAGCCGCCGAGGCAGCCGCAUCCGCAGAGCCAACCAAAGCCGAGCUAGAGGCUGAAUUCGAUCCCAACGACAAGGAUCUGUGCCAUGCUGCAUUGAAGAUUCAGUCCACUUUCCGUGGUCAUUUGGCACGCAAGCUGGUGAACAAGGAUGCGCCCGAGGACGAGGACAUUCAGGAGAUAACCAAGAAGGUGGCCGAGGAGUUGGACAUAGAUUUAACCGAUCCCGAGCUUAACAAGGCUGCUACCAAAAUUCAGGCCUCGUUCCGGGGCCACAAGACCCGCAAGGAUGCCAAUCCCGAGUAAGGAGCUCACCACUUGAAUUUUCAUUGCCCUCGGUGGGCUAGUCACAGAUGAUGAAGCUAACUUAAUGCUUACGCAAGUGAAUAAAAUUAUUGGUAAAUUGUAAAUGUGUAAAAGGCCAAUCGAGAUGAGGGCACACAAUUGUAAACUUUUUAGUGAAUAUGCUUUAGCCGGCAUGGCGAACCCAAAUGAUUCUCAUAAUUAUUAAAUAAAUUAAGUCGAGGGCAAAGUUACAUUUAGUUUGCAAAGCUUUAAUAAAUGAAUAGUAAAACCACAUUAUGCGAAUGAUGAUUCGGAGUUACGCGACAUUUACAGAUACAUUAUUGCGGCUUGUCUUGUUCUAUUACAUACCCUUAGAGUCGUAAAUUGAUAAAUUUGUAUUAGUUAAUAUUUAAUUAUAUUACAUUUCGUUUUUGGACUUUGCUAUUAAACCCAAGACCGUAACUAAACCAAAAAUAAAGUGAACUAACGUUAAAUUGUCAAAGAAAAACCUAAUGUUACAAAAUAAUAAAUAAAAGGCACGAUGUUCCAUAAACUUUAUUGUAGGGAAAUGAGAAACCAAACAAAAGACAAAUGCAAGGAAACUGCUGAACAAAUUUUUGGGAAAUCAUUUCCAUUUUGUCGGGCCAAUGCCAAAAGUAAAAAAUUAAUUGUACCUACGAGCGUAUGAAUAUGAAUUAGAAACCAAAGGAACUCAAUGUUGUUUCAAAUUAAGGCAAAUUAGGGGUACCCAAGCAACAUGAUGCAGCUUCGAGUCGUCAACUCAACAAUUUUUCAGCCCUCGGGCUCUAUAUAUAAACUGAAAAGUCAAUGAACAUGAAGAUAACUAAUCUGGUGGCACAAUUUUCGUUUUUCUACCAAGUGUAUUACAAUAUUUGUCUACUUAACAAUUGAUCCUCGAGUGGGAAACUGAAAAACACACAUACAUAUAUAUAUACCUAUACAGAUGCAAAGACAGGUAUUAGACCGAGUUGAAUUGGAAAAUAUUUUUUUUCGGCCACAGCUGAGAAAAUUGUUACCAUGUGGCAACGGAAGCCAAUAAUGAAAUAUUUAAAAUUCAAAUCAAUUAACUACAAAGAAUUAAUAACAAGCUAAUGAACAUAAUUGAAAUUAUAUUAGAGAUCAAAGUCAAAUUCAAAAAAACAUUGCAUAAAAUUAUUACAUUUAAAAAGCAAAUGGGUAAAACCAAUUCUAUGUGGAUAAAUGAAAAGAAAAAACCAGAAUAUGAAAGCAAACCAUAUACAAGCCGAACAAACAAAGAAUGUCCCAACUAAAUUUUAAUUGAGUAAUAAAAAUAAAUACAAUAAAGAUGC